UUCAUGCAGCAGUGUACCUUUACUGUCGCAUGAAGUGCAUUAGUUUCAGCAUAGUUUAACUUUUAACCAAGACAGACACCGAUACAACUGAAAGCGUUAUAGUUAGCUUUAAAAGUGGCUCGUGUUUAGUUUCUAGGGCUACAGUUUCGUCUGUUUAUUAGAGAAAUGCUUGUUUAAAUUAGUUAUUUGACUUCAGCUAGUUGUUGGACGGAAAUGGCAGGUCCAGAGUUGUUGUUGGACUCUAGUAUUCGCCUGUGGGUUGUUCUGCCCAUAGUUUUCAUCACUUUCUUCGUCGGGGUUCUGCGGCAUUACGUCACUCAACUUAUUCACACAGAGAAGAAGGUUGAUUUGCAGCAGGUAUCUGACAGCCAGGUGUUGCUGCGCAGCCGUAUACUGAGAGAAAAUGGAAAGUAUCUUCCCAAACAGUCAUUUGCCAUGAGAAAACACUAUUUCAACAACCCUGAGACUGGAUUCUUCAAGAAAGUUAAGAGAAAGGUGAUCCCCAAAAACCCCAUGACAGACACCAGCAUGUUAACGGACAUGAUGAAAGGCAAUCUGACCAAUGUGCUGCCAAUGAUCCUGAUCGGAGGAUGGAUCAACUGGGCCUUUUCUGGUUUUGUCACAACUAAGGUUCCGUUUCCGCUGACGCUCCGAUUCAAACCCAUGUUACAGAGGGGAAUUGAGCUGCUCUCUCUGGACGCCUCAUGGGUGAGUUCAGCUUCAUGGUAUUUCCUAAAUGUCUUUGGGCUCCGAAGCAUGUACACCCUCAUCCUUGGACAAGAUAAUGCUGCGGAUCAGUCAAGAAUUAUGCAGGAUCAAAUGACAGGGGCAGCGAUGGCUAUGCCCCCUGAUCCUAAUAAAGCAUUUAAGAGCGAGUGGGAAGCCCUGGAGAUUGUGGAGCACAAAUGGGCCCUGGAGAACGUUGAAGAUGAACUAAUGUCUCAGGACCUGAACUUCAGAGAAAUCUUUAGCCAAGAACUAAAAUCAAACAUGUUCUGAUGUAUCUCUGAUUGCUGAAAGAUUGUAAGCUGAUUUCAGCCAGUGCACUAAGAUUAUACGUUUCACAAGAAGCUGUGAUUCUUAACAUGACUUGGUACUUCAAAGCCAUUGAUUUCAAUGAUCCUAAAACAUUGUUUAGAAUGUCUUAAUACUAUGUGAAUGUCAUGAAGAAACUGCAUGCACACCGUCCUGUGAGGACGGUAUAUGAACAUUGAAUUUAAUAUAAGCAUAAUAGAGAUCUAAAUUGAUGAUUGUGUUUUCAUUUUUUGCCAAAGUUAUGUUAUUAUACAGAUUUUCUCACAUUUUGUGUCUUGGUAUGUGAUGUGAUGCCUUGAAUUUUAGUGCUUUCUGGCCAGUUCUGAACAGUCACUGUAUGGUUGUGAAACUGUAGGUAUUUUAUUCUUUUGUGGUUUGUGAUUUUCAUGCACAGUUCUUUAACAAGCCAUUCUGUCAGCAGCAGAGAUAAUGUAACAACAAAUUGAAUGCAGCGAACAGGUACUAUUUUUCAUCACUGUGCAAGAGCUGGAGAUGUCAAUGAGAAAUGUAAUAAUUUAAUAAACAUUGCAUGGAACACUAA